AUGCUGGCUUUCUGUUGCUCCCAGAUUGUGCUUCUAUUUCUCUUGCUGAAAGGUGUGGAAAAUACUGAUGCUCAAAAAGUCUGUGGGCGCCCAAAAGUACAUUCCCUUCGCAUUGUUGGUGGGGAGAAAUCUGUGGAAGGGGAGUGGCCCUGGCAGGUCAGCAUACGAGAAAACAGGCUACAUGUAUGUGGUGGAAGUCUCAUCUCCUCCCGGUGGGUGGUGACAGCUGCUCAUUGCUUUGAAGGGCCACUAGUUCCAUCUAAGUAUCGAGUACACCUGGGGGAGUAUGAACUCCCCAAACCUGCACCCACCAUGGUCUCAUCUGCUGUCAGCCUGAUUGUAGUGCAUCCCUAUUAUGCUGGAGAUGGGCUGAGUGCUGAUAUUGCUCUGGUGCAGCUAGAGGAGCCCGUCAAUUUCUCCCGAACCAUCUUGCCUAUCUGCCUAUCCAGUAUCGCAGAUCCUGAGCCUUUCCCUGCAGGGAUGAUGUGCUGGGUCACUGGCUGGGGGAACCUCUAUCCAGAUGCCUCUUUCAUCACUCGGACACUGCAGAAGCUGGAGGUGCCAAUCCUAGAUGUUGAUAAGUGUGAUGAAAUGUACCAUAAUGACUCCAGCAGCAUUGACACAGAUACUGAAGCUGUGCCAAAAGACUACAGGCUAAUCUAUGAUGACAUGAUCUGUGCUGGAUAUCCAGAAGGAAAGAAAGAUUCUUGCCAGGGUGACUCUGGGGGACCUCUGGCCUGCAAGCUGAAUGGUACAUGGUUCCUAGCUGGAGUUGUGAGCUUUGGGCUGGGUUGUUCUGAACCCAACCGACCCGGAGUCUAUACCAGAGUCACCUCUUACAUGGACUGGAUUCAACACACUAUAGAAAAGAACUCAGCUUCAAGUGGUGGUAAUCUUCAGAUGGUCAUGCAAAGUCUGAAUAUUGGUUUAUGGGCCAGUUCUCUGUCAGGUUCG